GACCUCCGCGGAACGCGCACGCUACCCGCGCUCCACACCGACAGCGUUCGAACUCACGCUAUGCCGCCUUCCCGACAACAUACUUCUGUGUUUAAUUACAAGUAUUGUUAUUGUUUUCGAAGUGUAGGACGUAGCCCGGAAAUAAGCCAGUGAAUCGGUAUUUGUAGAAAUAGUGACGAUUUAGAACUGCAUAUUAUCGGUUUAUAUUUAUUGUAUUAAACAUUAACGAAUUUAUAGUCUGAUACGAAUUUACGAUGGUGUCUGAAGGGCCUCUGCCCGUAGUUUGGUGUAUACGAGAUAACCAACUUGUGCCUCAUCAAGUUUCUGGUGUAAAGUUACAAGGAGUGGUAACGGGCGCACACAUAGCUGCCGUCACAGACUUUUUGCGUAUGGUUGCCGGGACUCCUAUCGUCUUGCCACACACGGCUGUCAGUGAAGAUGUUGAUAAUAAUAUUAACCAAGAAAAGGAGGACUCAACUCGACGACGUAAAUUGUCAAUGCAAGUUGAAGUGCCGUGCGUAUUUCUAUCCGAAAGUGCUUUACAAAAGGCGAAGAAUCGCAGUAACUCAUUAGAUGAUAAGUUAUUAUUUGAACAUUGUACUUCACCUACAACGACCAAAACAUUCUUAGAAGUAGAUAAUAAAUCACAUAUUUCUGAACUGAAGGAGUCUGAUGACAACAUGUCACAAGGGAUGGAUGCUAGAUGCACUCAGAGAAUAACAAGGAUAAUUGAUUUAGACGAUAUAAAUCCUAAGGUAUUGGAUACAGAGAUUGAAAAUGAACCUCUGCAAAGGAUAACUAGGAUAAUCGAAUUUGAAAAUGAUAGUACACCAUCUUCGCCUAUGCACAUAGACAAUGAAACUGAACCUUUACAAAGAAUAACAAGAAUUAUUGAAUUAAAUGACGAUAACACAUUUUUCACCACCGAGUGCAAUAAAGAAAAAGAUAAAGACAGUCACCAAAAAUUUUCUAGAAUUAUAGAAUUAGAGAAACAAGAUUCGUUUCCUAGUAUGACUAAAAUAAUAGAAAUGGAAAAUGAAAUUUCUAAUGAGAGAAGAAUCUCUUUAACAAAUGAACGCGAAACUGGCGGUGGAACAGUCAACAAUUGUUCCGAAGAAGUUAUUGUUAGACCUAAGUUAGGAUAUAGAAAUACUCCUAGGAUCAGUGUCGAUUCUUCGUGCUCCGAAAACUCUUACGUUAAUAUUGAUUGUAUUAAGAGUUUGCCGGAUGUGAGAAAAGAAGCUACAGACAGUGGUAUUAGCCCCGAUUCAUCACCAGCUUGUAGGUCUAUUCGCUCGCGAUUUCCAAGAAAAAAAACUUCGGUAUGUUCGAUUGGCUCCUCAGACUGUGAUGACGAAAUAGAUGUUAUAUUUAAAUCUAAACCAAAAUCUAGUCAAUGGUUGAGUCUCGAUUGGAUACCGCCACAGCCCAAAGAAGAGCCAGUUAUUACGCAAGUCUGUGAUAAAAAUGAUUUUAUAACUAAAUGGAUAGCGGAACAAAAUUCUCAUGAGUCAGGAAUCGUUGCCGAUGAAAGAAGAAAAAGUCUUCCACCAAAAUCAAAUGAAGUUUAUCUUCAAAAUAUGCGAAGGUUCAGUGAUAGUUUACAAAUAUGUAAAGAAGAUGCUGCUAGUGAUUCACCCGCUACAGUCAAAUGGAAGUGGCACGAUAUUGUUAAACGUCAUUUACAAAUACUGAAAAGCGACAAAGGAUUAAGGAGACAAAGAGGUAGUUGGAUGAGAACAGGACGCCGACUAUCUGGGACGGCCAUCAACCAGAACAAAAGUGUUGAUCUACCUCUUGAUACCUACAUGAAGCUCAACACUAUGCCAUGGUACUUCCGUAAAAUAAAACGAAUCGAGGCAGAGAAGAAACUACUUCUUCCAGAGAACGAACAUGGCGCAUUCCUCAUCAGAGACUCGGAGAGCCGUCACAACGACUUCUCAUUAUCUGUUCGUGAUGGUGACACCGUGAAGCACUAUCGUAUCAGGCAGUUGGAUGAAGGCGGGUUCUUCAUCGCACGCCGCACCACCUUUCGCACUCUGCAAGAGUUAGUCGAGCACUACAGCAAGGAUGCCGACGGCCUCUGCGUCUCGCUCAGCAAACCAUGCGUACAGGUGGAGAAACCGGUCACGGAGGGAUUAUCACACAGAACACGCGACCAAUGGGAGAUUGAUCGUUCCUCGCUCAAGUUCGUUCGCAAACUUGGUCAUGGACAAUUCGGCGAAGUGUGGGAGGGUCUAUGGAACAACACAACACCCGUCGCUAUCAAAACACUCAAAUCGGGAACAAUGGACCCCAAAGACUUCCUUGCGGAGGCGCAGAUCAUGAAGAAACUCCGCCACAACAAGUUGAUACAAUUGUACGCCGUGUGCACGCUGGAGGAGCCAAUCUAUAUCAUCACCGAGCUCAUGAAGAACGGUUCUCUACUAGAUUACCUGCAAGGUAAAGGCCGUGGACUGAAACUGCAACAGCUGAUCGACAUGGCAGCUCAGAUCGCCGCCGGCAUGGCGUACCUAGAGUCUCAAAACUACAUCCACCGCGACUUGGCCGCGAGAAACGUGCUGGUCGCGGAUGCUAAUAUCGUAAAGAUCGCUGACUUCGGUCUGGCUAGACUCAUCAAGGAGGAUGAGUACGAGGCGCGUGUCGGUGCCAGAUUCCCAAUCAAGUGGACGGCGCCAGAGGCGGCAAACUACAGUAAAUUCUCUAUCAAGUCAGACGUUUGGUCCUUCGGUAUUCUUCUUACUGAGCUUGUCACAUAUGGAAGAACACCUUACCCAGGUAAAAUAUUUUACCUUCAAGUGAAUAAUUAUUUCUUUGGCACUCACGCACUAGGCUAUUCAAUUGUUGCUUUAGUGAGAUUAUAAAUAAUAAGUGUGUACACACUUACACACUAAUGCAAAGAAAUGUUCUGCGCGAUCACUUACCUUAAUAUAUAUGAUUACGUUUUAUGUUUUAAAUGUUUUAUCAAAUGUGAGAACGCCUUUAAGUCUCAAAAAGCUUCCUGUGCCCAAAACCAAGACAGAUCAUAAAAGUGUUCAAAGACAACCUAAAAACCAAUCGACUGUUAUCAUCCGCACAGGCAUGACGAACGCGGAAGUGAUACACCAAGUGGAGCACGGUUAUCGUAUGCCGUGCCCGCCCAACUGUCCGGCGGCUCUCUACGAGAUAAUGCUGGAGUGCUGGCACAAGGACCCGCUUAAGCGGCCCACCUUCGAGACGCUACAGUGGAAGUUGGAGGACUUCUUCACCAUGGACAACUCCGAGUACAAGGAGGCGUCCGCCUACUGAGCCCGGCCUUCCCUGCCGCCCCACCGACACGCACACUCGCAUCAUACACCGGGCCUCUACCACAUGCCGCCUGAGCUGCAAAUGUUGCACGGCAGCGCGUCAAUGCAGCACCUGCAGAUGCACGCGCUGGCUGCCCACCACACCACCCUGGGGCAGGUGCAGCAACACCAGCUGCAGCAGCUCCAGCAGCAGCAGCAACUGCAGCAGCAGCAGCAGCUCCAGCAGCAGCAACAGCAGCUCCUUCAGCAGCAGCAGCUUCUUCAGCAGCAGCAGCUCCAGCAGCAGGCGUUGAGGGCGAGGCCCGCGUGCCAUCAUCACUCGCGUCACGGCACCAUCGCCUACCGUGCGCCCUAACACAUGACUUUACCGAUAAGAUCACUACGCACUCGGUGAGACUACCCAACAUAUAAACAAUACCUUUAUACUAUUCACCUUUGAUUUACCAGGAGCUUGCAUAUUGCUUGUGGUAAAU